AAUAAGUAUCUAAUUUGAACAUUAUCUUUUAGCCUUAUUUCGUAUUUAUUAUUAAAAGGAGAAUUAUUUAUUAAUUUAUUUUAUUUUACUUAAAUAGUUCGUUACUACAGUAAAGUAAUCAUGGCUAAGUUUAGAAAAAAAUUGAAGUCUAAAGGUAAACGAUGGGUAAAAGGACAAAGUUCGGUCACCAAUCCAGACUCAAAAAAAUACCGUUCACAAGCUCAAAUUAAUUUUUGCAAACCUAUGUUUGGUAUUUCAAAUGAAGGAAAAAGUCUAUUAACUCAAAAUACUUUAAAGCAACAUGAUAAUUUAAUGAACAAUUAUGGAUCUAAUAAAUCUAAACAAGAUGAUGUUAUGUCUAAUAUUUCAGCUUCAUCAUAUAAAACAUUUGAAACUUUUGCUUCUGAUUGGAGCUCAUGUACAAAUCCAUCUUUUAACAAGUUGCUUAAAAAUUUUAGUUCAAAUUCUUUUUUACAUAAAGAAAUGUUAGCCAUUCUUGCAGCAUUAACUGAAGUAAUUAAAGCUAACGGAGGAAAAGAAUCAUCUACUGAGUAUUUCGCUUCUCUUAUUACUACUUUACAAACAACAUUAAGCAAUGGACAAGCUGAUUGCGAGGAUAGUGUUACAGCUAUGGUUUCACUGUUAAGUAUGGGAAUGAAAUGUGUUCCUAAAGAGGUUUUAUGUUCUAAAUUUGGACCUACUUCUCAAAUUUUAUUAGCAGCACUUGCAAAGUUUGCUGAAUCUGAUAAUAAUAACUUACUAAAAUCGAUAUUUAGUUGUUUUUCUUUAUUACUUCGUAUUCAAGAAAAAAUUGUCUGGUCCCAUAGUUCUACUGUACAAGUAUAUGAUGCAAUUUUAAAUUUUGUUAUACAUUCAAAACCUAAGAUUCGUAAGGCUGCUCAACAUGCUAUAUGUGCUAUACUUAAAAGUAACAAUGAUUCAAUUCAUCCAAUAUCUGGAUAUACUGCCACAUAUUGUACUAAAGUUUUAACAUCAAGUACAACAGUUAGCAAUACUACUAUUCUUCAUGUUUUAACAUUAUUAAAAGAAUUGAUGCCUGUAUUUCCAAAAAAAGAACUUAAACUUCUUUGUGAAGAAGUCUUAAAACUUAUGACUUUAAAUCAUCCAUUAUUGUUGUCAUGUGGUUUUCAAGUAUUUCAUGGUUUAUUUGUAUCUUAUCCUUCAUCAGACCUCAUUCUACCAUCAACCUUAAAUGCUAAGUUAUUGAUGGCACUUUUUGACUACCGCCCUACCCCAAUAGAUACACAACCUACUUUAGCAUGGUUAGCUGUCCAACAGGAAGCUUACAUCUGUUUAUCUAAAAGUGACAUGUCAUUAUGUAUUUCACAUCUUAAAAGAAUGUUCAAAGUUUGUAUUGAACUUUGGAUUAAUGGAAAUCCAGAAUCAUUAAAAGCAUCAGGUACUACAUUGCGUAUUCUCAUUGAAGAAUGUAUUGGACAAGCUACUGAAUCAACAUAUCAUCAAAAUGUCUCCGUUUUAUUCAAUUUAGUGACCCAGUGCUUAUCUUAUCAGUAUAAAAAUGCUUGUCCUCAGGUUUUGCAUACUUUUUCUACAUUUUUUAAGGUUUAUGGAAAAUAUGCUCCAAGUAUAUUUUUAGAAUGUAUAAAAUCAUUGGGUCAACUUAGAGAUUCCAAUGAAAUAACAUUUGUUAAUGAAUUAGAAAUGACAAUUGGAGCGGCUAUCAGAUAUAUUGGGCCUGAAUAUAUUAUAGCAGAUAAUGUUAUUCCAUUAAAGGUGGAUGAUGUUGGAGAGUUUAAACGUAGUUGGUUAUUACCUGUUUUAAAAGAUAGUAUUUCACAUUCUACUCUAAAAUGCUUUAUAGACCACUUUUUGCCUUUAGCACUUAAAUGUCGUGAAAUGUAUGAACAUGCUUUGAAAGCAAAUGACAAUAUAACUGGUAUUAGUUAUAAUCUUCUUGAAUCACAAAUUUGGUCUUUAUUGACUAGUUUUUGUUCAAAUCCAUCAGAUAUAUCAGUUUCAUUUCGGAACAUUGCCAAGACUAUGGGUACUGUGUUAAGUUCACGUAAAGAAUUACGAGAUACAAUACUUAUAUCUUUAAGGAAACUUGUAGAUUUUGUUUCCAAAAAUACAGUUUUAGAUAAUGAUAAAAUACAAUUAUCCCAUUUUGCUAAAAACUUUUUGCCCAUUUGCUUAAAUUUAUAUACUAAUCCUGCUCAUGGUACGGAUGAAGAAGCUACUCGUUUCUCUGCUUUAGAAACAAUCAAAGUGUAUUUGACAUUAUCUGAUGAUGUAUUAAAAGAACAGUUAUUUAACAAAUGUUGUAAUAUGCUAGAAAAUUGUAAAGAUUCUGAACCACUGCUACUAGAAAGCAUUCUUGAUAUUAUUCGAGUUUUAGUACCAUAUCAAUCAGUUAAAUCACUAAAAGCAUUUUUUGACUCUCGAAUUUCUAAAACUAAAGAAAUGAAAAAUUUCAAAGAAGAAAAAAAAUAUUUUAGAAUUUUGGAAGAAAUAAUUAGUAGUCAAACUCCAACGUGUAGUAAAUUUGUCAAUAAAAAUCUAGAACAUAUACUAAAUUUUAUUGUUUCAACUGCUCAAAAUGCUGCAGCUACAAGUCGUGGUCCACGUUUACGUUGUUUGGCACAUCUUUUAGAUUAUAGUAAUGAAGACAAUGUGAUGCAGAUUAUAUUAACACAUCUACCUGAGGCUGUGCUUUGCUGUAAAGGUUCUACUGUUAAUAAAAGAUGCCGUGAAUGUGCUUUCGCAUUAAUAAACAAAAUGGCUUUGUUUGCCAUUAAAACUGAAAAUGGCUUAGAAAACUUUUUAAAUGCCUUGUCUUCAGGAUUAGCAGGUUCUAUAACAAUGAUAAGUUGUACAAUUUUAGCGUUGGCUUCAGUUCUUCACAAUUGUAAAAAUGAUAUAAAUUCCGAACAAUUUGAAACAAUUUUAAGUAAUAUUUCUUUACUUAUUACAACUGGAACUAGAGAAGUGGUUAGCUCUGCUUUAAGUUUUAUCAAAGUCAUCAUUACUUCAUUUUCGAAUGAUCUAUUUCCUCAUCUUUUUACAAUUGUGAGUUCACUAUCUAAAAUGACAGAUGAUUGUAAAAGAAAAUUUCGCCAAGAAACUAAAAAUAUUUACCAAAGAUUGGUCCGUAAAUUUGGUACUGAUGUUAUAAUAAGAUUUGUACCGAAUACUGAUAUUCAAACACAUGUACGCUUACGCGCUAUAAAAAAAGAAUCUGAAAGAUUGAAGAGAAAUAAAGAAAAAAGAACAAAAGAUAAAAUAAAUGAUGAAAAAGUUGUUGAUUUUAAUCUUAAGACUAAACCUAAAACAUUUGAAGAAAUAUUGGCUGAAUGCGAUGAUGAUGAAUUAGAAAUUAAUUUAGAUAAAAAACCCAAAGCAAAACUUGAAAAGGGAAGAAGGAAAAAGUUAGUUGAAAAUUAUUUACAUGAAAGUGAAGAUGAUAUUAUAGAUUUUACUGCACCAACUACUUGUAAAAAUAUUUUAAUGUCAAAACCUACUAAUGAACACCAUACAAAUGUAUCAAAGUCAUCUAAUGUUGAUGAUAGUAUAAAAAUUGCACCUGAUGGACGCCUUAUCAUUGUUGAUGAACCUUCAGUAUUACCGCAAAAAUCUGGAAAUGAGGAAGAUUUAGUCAGUAACUACAGUGAUGAUGAUAUGCCAUCAAAAAAACGGUUGAAAUACACACCUGGAGGCAAAGGUAUUCAUCGACCAUUAGCUAAUAGUUCAGAAAGAGGAAAGGUAAAUAAAAAAAUGAAGAAUAACAAAACACAUAAUGAUUUUCAACAGUCAAAUAAGAAAAAUAAGGGAAGUAAAGGUAGUGGUAUGAAAAUCCGUCCAUUCUCUUACACCACUUUCAAAAAUUAUGGAGCUACAGAUAAAAAGAAAAGGAAAAGAAAUUAAAAUGUACUUAAAUAAAGCACUUCUUUUUAUUGU